AGUCGCGCAGUCACCAGUGUGUGUGUGUGUGUUAGUACUACGACAGAUGACCAACCCUGCGCAGCAACACCCCGGCGCGACGGCCAAUGCCCUGUCGCCCGUCCACAUUGUGUCAAAGGCCGUAGUAACGUGCUCCAAUCCAGCAGUCUCGCUCCCUGCGCUGGGGGAGUCGCCCGUCUUCAAGCUGGGCCCGCUCGAUCAGUUGGCGCUGCCUUUUAUUCCUGUGGCUGUCGUGCUGGUGUACCGUCCGACCUCCCCGGCCGCAGCGCCCGGUCUGCUCGAGGUGGACAGGCUCCAAUUCGCGCUGAGCAGACUGCUCGACUACUAUCCGCACCUGACCGGCCGCCUCCAGAUGAACAAGGCAGACAACACGGUUGAAGUGGUGCAGCUCGGCGCUGGCAUGGAGUUCCGCGUGGCGACCUGCGAUGCGCGGCUUCCUGACACGUGCGGGGGCGUUACGCAACCACUGGUGGUGACCGAGCUCCCCGACGGCGGAAACGCGCUCUUGGGUGCGUUCAACCCGUGGGACGACGAUGGCUGUGGCGAUCACAUCUUUACACUGCAGCACACUCGCUUUGCGUGCGGCAGCGUGGCGUUGGGCGUGCGAGUGCGCCAUUGCGUGACGGAUGCGGAUGGCUGCUUCCAGCUGCUCCGAGACCUGGCAGAACUGGCUUUCGGACGACGAGCGGCAAGCGGCGCUCGACUUCCAACCGCCUACCACCUGCUUGCACCCGCCGCAACCGCCGCAACCGCUGCCACCAGUGGUGGCACUGAAGCCGAAACUUCUACCCCUGCAGUGCCGCCGCCUCCUGUGGUGGGUCGCAUCCUCCGCUUCUCUGGCCGCGAGCUUGAGCGCUUGAAGGCCCACGCCACUUUGACGGCUGCGGAAUUUGGCCAACAGUGGCUUUCCACCUUCGACGUGCUUGCCGCUCACCUCUACCAGCGCACACAUGUCGCUCGUGUCCAGUACGCAAAGAGCAGAGGCGCCGAUCCCUCGCAGCUCUCCACGGACUUUUUGUCGCCGUUCAACUUGCGAGGCCGCCUCGGUCUGCCUGCGCGCUACUUUCCGAACGCCGUGUCCUGCGCCGUGUUCACCUACCCGGCCGAUUCCUUCGCGACUGCGCCGCUCUCUGCGGUCGCCGCGACAAUCCACGAUGCGAUGCGGCAGAUGACCAAGCAAGAAGCAGUUGACACACUGCGCUGGAUGAGUGUCCAGUCGGACAAGCGGCGGAUUGCCCAGCAUUUCAGGCCGCUCAACGGCGGCUUUAUGGUGUCUCAGUGGAACAAGUUUGACAUGUAUCCGCAGCUUGAUUUCGAUGUCGGGGCGGACUCUGCGCCCAUUCCGCCCACGCUCGUUUCCACGCCGUUCUCGCCCAUUUCACUGAUUGACGGGCUCGCGUACUUUCUCGCGACAGAAGACCAGCUCUCUGUCUCUGCAAGCACCACCACGACGCAGUCCGUGGACGUGGCGAUCGCCUUGAUCGAGCCGCUUUGGGAGUUGUUGGACUGCGAUCCCGCGUUCCGUCAGUUCCGAGACACGCCGUAA